UUGUUUUGUUCUUUCUACUCUCUCCCAGUGUACUGAAGAAGAUGGAAACAGCAUUAGAUGAGAAUCAGGACAAAGGCCCGAUAUUUGGCAAAGAAAACCCUUUCUAUGGUGCAGAAAUGAAUUUCUCCACCUCAGGCCGCUAUGAUUUCCAGACGAGUGAUGGAAAACGAAGAAAGUCAUCAGGAAGAGCAUGCAGGGUUUCAGUGAUUAUAUUUCUGCUUCUACUACUAGGACUGAAUGGCUUCCUGACUUACAAAGUCUUCAGUCUAGAGACAUGGAUUCACUCUGAACUGACAAGAAAUCAAAAUGCAGUAUCAUCUAUGAAACAACAGAGCUCUCAUUUAGAUCAGCAUUGCCUGACCAACUUAUGUGGCGAUGAGGGAGGUCUGGAGUCCUUGAUGUCACAAAUGUUCCUACUCAAUUCCAGUGCUCACCAGCUACAGCAUCAAGUGGACAACAUCAGCAAGGCGAAAGCACUUCCAGGACCUCGUGGACCUCCAGGACCACCAGGAGUUUUGGGGUUGCAAGGUCGAGUAGGUGAACCUGGAGCCAUAGGUCCAAAGGGAGAUAAAGGAGAGAUAGGCAUUACAGGACCAGUAGGCCAACCUGGAAUCACAGGAAUCCCUGGUGUUCCUGGUAUUAAGGGUGAAAAAGGAAUUCCAGGACCAUCAGGCACACCUGGUACAAAAGGUCAGCCAGGACAACCAGGUAUUGCUGGGCCACCAGGGAACACCGGACCAACAGGACCUAGAGGAUUACCAGGCAUAACAGGAGCACAGGGUGUUCAAGGGCCAAAAGGAUCUCCUGGACCGCAGGGCCAAUCUGGGCUGCAAGGGCUUCCUGGACCGAAAGGUUCACCUGGAGAGAAGGGAGACAGGGGAGAAAGCACUAACGGUCUUCCAGGUGCUCCGGGGCAAAAGGGAGAGAGAGGAUUGUCUGGAUUAUCUGGAACUAAAGGCAUGGCAGGCAGUAAAGGAGACACUGGCGCUCGAGGUUUACCUGGACAAAAGGGUGAUACAGGUUCUAUAGGGCAAAAGGGGCAAAAGGGAGAGCAAGGACUCCAAGGCACUAAAGGAAGUAAGGGAGAAAGGGGAUCCAGUCCAGUGGUGCGUUUGGUCGGCUCUUCUAAUUCAGGCAGAGUGGAGGUACUGUAUAACUCAGAGUGGGGCACGGUGUGUGAUGACAGUUUUGACACUAUGGACGCCAACGUGUUGUGUAAAAUGCUGGGUUUCCAGCGAGCUACACGUGUUUUCACAGCAACAGCAGGAACGGGUCGAAUCUGGCUGGAUGACUUGCAGUGUACAGGAACAGAGUCCUCCAUAUUUGAUUGCAGACAUGCAGGCAUGGGCGUAAAUAAUUGCGGCCACGGUGAGGAUGCUGGAAUAACCUGCUCUUGAAAAGCCAGAACAACCCCCAAGCCCACCAAAGCCCCUACCCCCAAAACACACACACACACACACACACACACAUACACACACACACAUGCAAAUCAGACUGAGUGCAUACAAAUCUAAUACAGUUUUGAAUAUUGAAGAUUUAAAGCUAAAAUGGUGACAGUCUCUGUCUUUCACCACUUUUCUCUACGCCUCUAAAGAGGUAUGUCUGUCUGUCUAUCUUCUUUACUAUCUAUAUUUGUGCAUUAGCCAUUGUAUUAUUACAACAACGAUUCACACAUUGUAAACACAUUGCUUUGGGACAAUUUAGUAAUUAAUUAAUUUGUUUGUUUGUUUGUUCAAUAAAUAUUCCACUUUUUUU